AUGCCUAUUUUUAGUGGACGUUGUUAUAGUAAUAUUAAAUUAAUAGGCAAGACUGCUAUAGUAACGGGAUGUAAUACGGGAAUUGGAAAAGAAACUGUAUUGGACUUUUAUAAAAGAGGAGCUAGAGUUAUAAUGGCUUGCAGAAGUGUUGAGAAGGCAGAGAUGGCUAAAUGUGACAUUGAAGAAACUUGUAAAGAUUUACCAAGCAGGGGAAAUAUUGUAAUUGAGCAAUGUGAUUUAUCUUCUCUUAAAUCUGUCAGAGAGUUCUCUAAAAAAAUUUUGGAUACAGAACCACAAAUAAAUAUUCUAGUUAAUAAUGCAGGAGUUAUGAUGUGUCCCAAGAGCUUUACGGAAGAUGGUUUUGAAAUGCAAUUCGGAACAAAUCAUUUAGCACAUUUUCUCUUAACUCUGUUGCUAUUGCCACGCAUAAGACAAAGUACACCGGCUAGAAUAGUAACAGUAUCAUCCACUGCUCACUAUAGACACGAUAUAUUUUUUGAUGAUUUAAACUACCAAAAACGACCAUACCAUGCUGCUGAGGCUUAUUCACAAAGCAAACUUGCUAAUGUUGUGUUUUCAAGAGAACUAGCUUGCAGGCUAAAGAGUUACAAUAUUGAAGGUGUUAAUACAUACAGUCUUCAUCCUGGAGUUAUUAGAACUGAGCUUGGCCGACAUUUAGAUAAGGUUUUAUUCAGAGGUGCAAGAAGGAUAAUAGGCAUGAUAUUUUAUCCAUUCAUGAAAAGUCCAGAAUUAGGUGCACAGACCACUAUAUAUUGUUCUGUUGAUGAAAAAUGUGCUAAUGAAACAGGAUUGUACUAUAGUGAUUGUGUUGUAGCAACCCCUAAUAGAAAAGCUCUUGAUGAUGAAUAUGCCAAGAAAUUAUGGGAGAUGUCAGAGGAACUUGUUAAAUUGGGAAAUUAUAAUCCAUUCACAGCAACUGAUACCGGUAUUGCUAGUAAA